AUGCAAUGGCUUCACUACAGUAUCUAGUUGUUGCUCGAGCUUAGGCAUUGCUCCUUGGUCAAACUUCACCAAUUUGAUGUCCCCAAAGUUUCCAAACACAAGAACUAUGAGGCUUCUGAAAGUCCCAAUCUGGAAACGAAGCUCUUCGCCCUGAAACGACUUCUCCAACAAAUGCAGGAUGGCCAGAUUUGGCAUCUUCCCAAGAACUUCCAUAUCACCAUCAUGCCCCGAUAGCCUGGUGCUCCGUAAAUCCAGCUUCACAAGAUUCUGGAGCCUCUGGACCCAUCUUGGCAAUUUGACCAGAUUACCGUACAGCUUGAGGCUCUGGAGGUUUUCUGGGGGCGAGGACAUCCAGUGCAAACAUUCACACAAUCCAGGCUCUCCCUCUGAACGUAUUGACAAUGACUCAAGGCGGUUGAGAUUAUUGAUUGCUGAACAAAAUUCUUUACCAUUUCUCCUGUUGAUGCCAGUUACUGCUAACUUGCGUAACCAGGCUGGCUGGGAGGGACACACCCGGAAAAGCAGCUCAACCGCGGAUGCGCAUCAUUCCUACACAAAUGGUAAGCAAGUGAGGAGUCCAUUUCUCAAACAAGCACAUCACUGGCCGGUACAAAGUGCUUUUUACACCAAGCAGGCUUGCUCGUGCACGCACAACAACAAUGGAAGGCAUUUCCGGAUUUUUUUUGUUUUGACCUUUUGUCCUAACAAAUUCUAGAAUUAACCUUACUUUAAAAAAAAAUCAGAACUGACCUCUUUUGGUUACGCCAA